GUAUUCGCGUGCUAGUGAAGUGAAAGUGAAGUGUUAUAUAAUAGUUAAUUAUCGAGUGAGUGAACGCAUAAUUAACAAUGAAUCAAGAAGCUAUCGACCGCGAAUCGAGAGCUCGUCUACGUCGAUCGGCAUCGCGUCCCAAGCUCCCACAAGCUAUGGGGAGUGGCGCACAACUGCUACGAGCAGGAUCAGUGCACCCAAGAGGAGAUCGAUCGUCGUCUCGGGAUACAAUGUAUAUGAGACGAUCGAGAUCUCAGAGCUCAACGCGACGGUCGAUUUACAGCGGUAGAUGCCGUUCACCUUCGUACAACCCAGAGUGGCAGGAGAUGCUAAAACAACUCACUACAGCGGUAACGAUGCUGGCGUCGACACAGUCUCAGAAUUUGUCACCUAGACCAUUCUCCGUAGAAGGAUCUCCUAAUGCUCCAGGUCACCCUCGAGGUUUACAGGGGAAGAAACUGAUUCCUCUUUUCGACCCCAAAGUAAAGAUUCAGUCCAUCGAAUCGCGGAUCCACAAGGUUGAGGAACUCCAGGAAAUCUAUGGGUGGUCAGAUACGACGACAUCGUGUUACGCCUUAGAUAAUCUAAGGGGUAUAGCGGGUGAAUGGUACCGCGGAUUACCAACAAUUGCGAUCACGUGGAACCAGUGGAAGAUCAAACUUCGAGACGCAUUCACGGAUCAUACCAAGUAUUCAGACCGCCUGAUAGCAAUGAUGCAGCGUAAGAAGAUGCGCGAUGAGUCCAUGAUGGAGUUCUUCUUCGCCAAAGCCGUGUUAGUCGAUGCGUGCGAGAUAACCGGCCAUAGAGCAGCUGACUGCAUCGCUCAAGGGGUUGAAGACAACGCUCUGAGAAUAGCAAUCAGCCGAUUUGAACUUUAAACACUGGAAGAUUUUCGCAUUUACCUGAGCAGAGUCGAAGAUUACGGAGAACGACCGACGGAGAGACCUCCUCUUAGGAAGUGGGUCGAGAAGCCUCGCCGGCCGUUUCCAAGCACUCUUGCUGCGCACGCACCCUCUCAAGCUCCAGGACGUGGAGAAGAGCCGAGAAAUCAGGAAGCUGGUCGAGGUAGAGCUCGGGGGUCAGCAAGGACUCCUAGUGAGCCCACUCGACCAGGACAACCCGGUGUGCUGACGAGAAGCAGGGCUAUCAAGAGUGAUAGCAGUCGACCCCUUCAACCGCGAGGACGCGGAAGACCAUCAGGAAGGCCGACUGUAAGAAGCGACCAUAUUGCCCCGGACACGUAGGCUGCUGGACAGCCUAGCUGUGACGUCAAACCCACCCCCAUCACGUGAUGUCUCAGUUGGCCCCAC